AUGCAUGGUUACAGCUCUUCCGAAGAGUCGGACGACCCCCGUCGUCCACGCUCGCAGCCGGCCUCGUCAGGCAACAACCAAGACCAGAAGAAGAAGCGGAAGAAGAGACUGCCGCCCCAGCAGUCCAUCAACAAGAUAUGGAAGAAGUUUUCAAACCGCAAGUUUCACAAGGCCCUUUCAGUGCUUCCCUUCGACCCCGUUGUCGCACCGCGGUCGGGAUUGGAUCGGCCCAAUGAGCUGCUCUCCGAAGGGUACGAGCGGGCUGCCGAAGAAUGUGGACGCAAAGUCCAAAAGAUUGUUCAGGAGUGCAAACGAGUCAACAUGAGAUACCGUGACCCUGGUUGGGAUCUGGACUGGGACUUGAAGUACGAAAAGGGCAACACUCUCAACUACAUUGGCAGCAAUAAAUUCGAGAUUAGCAGAUCUACUUUGCUGGGCUCCAAAGCCGUCGUCCCAAAGGCUGUCAAGAGAGUUCAUGAGAUUUACGAUAAGCCCACAUUCAUGAAGGAUGUCAACGGAAGCGACGUCAAGCAGGGAGGCCUCGGAGAUUGCUGGCUGAUGUCCAGCUUUACUGCAUUGGCAAGCGUCGAAGGCGGCGUGCCGCGCUGUUGUGUCGCUUAUGAUACCAAAAUCGGUAUUUAUGGAUUUCUCUUCUAUAGGGAUGGAGAGUGGGUCUACUCAAUUGUCGACGACAAGCUGUAUCUCAAGUCUCCUACCUGGGACUCGCCGAGCAUGCAGCGUGACCUCCUCCAGCAGAUCGACCGCGAAGACGUUGAAGCCGUCUAUAGAAAGACAUAUCAGACUGGCUCCAAGGCACUGUUCUUUGCCCAAAACAAGGACGAGAACGAGACCUGGGUACCGCUCCUCGAGAAAGCUUACGCAAAAGCUCAUGGAGACUAUGCCUCGCUUUCGGGUGGCUGGAUCGGAGAGGGUCUGGAGGAUCUCUCUGGUGGAGUCACCACGGAGCUGCUCUCGUCUGAUAUUCUGGACCUCGAUGCCUUUUGGGACAAUGAAAUGUCUAAGGUCAAUAAGGAGUUCAUGUUUGGUUGCUCGGCGGGUCUAUUGGACUAUGGUUACGGCCAGCGUGAUGGCAUUAGCGAAGCCCACGCCUACGUUGUCACCGAUGCCCGCACCCUCAAGUCAGGCCAACGCCUAGUAAAGCUCCGUAACCCCUGGGGAGAAAUCCGCAAGGGCCUUUGGGAGGGUCCAUGGAGCGAUGGCUCCAAGGAGUGGACCACCGAAGUCCAAGAGGAGUUGGGACACAAGUUUGGCAGUGACUCGGUCUUUUGGAUUUCCUUUGAAGACUUGGUCCGCAAAUACACCCACUUUGACCGGACUCGCCUAUUCAGGGAUCCCGACUGGCGCUGCUGCCAGAGAUGGAUCGGAGUCGACGUUCCAUGGAAGGCCGAGUACCACGAAAAGUUCCGCAUCAAGCUGACCAAGGACUCGCCACUGAUUCUCGUCCUGUCUCAGUUGGAUGGGAGAUACUUUAAAGGCCUCCAGGGGCAGUAUAGCUUCCGCCUCCACUUCCGCCUUCAUUACGAAGAUCGGCCUGAUGCGGAGGAUUACAUUGUCCGAUCCCACGGUAAUUACUUCAUGAAGCGAUCCGUUUCUGUCGAGCUCCCAGAUCUUCCGUCUGGAAAUUACACCGUUUAUCUCAAGGUAACCGGCCAGCGUGACCAAGAGCAGCCGUCCGUGGAGGAGGUGGUCAAGAGAGAAAGCAAAGGUCGAGUCGAGAAUGAGAAGCUUGCGCAGGUGGGAUAUGCCUAUGACUUGGCACACAGCAAGGCAUGGGAGCAUAUGGACAAGGUUGCCAAGAUUCGCAAGCAGCGAGAUCAACAAAAGGCUUCCUCGUGCCGCCAGCAGGAGCGUCGCAGGCAGUGGGAGAGGCGUCACAUCAGCCGUGAAGUGACCAAGAAGCAGAAGCAGAAGAACGGCGAGAAGAAGGAGCGAAAGCGAGAGCUCAAGAAGAAGGCAGCAGAGGAGAAGCAAGCCGCUGUUGUCGAGCCCACGGUUGAGAGCAAGCAAAAGGCUGACGAUGUCGAAGAGAAGGAUUCUCUGGCCGCUUCAAUCGAUGCCAUCGAUGUCGGCAAGAUUUCACUCAACGACGAUGGCUCUGAUUCUGACUCUAGCGGUUCACCCACAGACACUCCAAAGUCAGAGGAAGCCAGCAUCUUCCCUUCGGAUGAGAAGAAGGAAGACGUGCCACCGAUUAGUGGAGCUCCUCCUGCAGCCGACGAACCCAAGCCAGUCGCCGACGCUGAGGAAAAGACAACACCAGCUGCAGAUACCGCAGCUGCGGAAGAAUCGGAUGGAGACUCAUCCGACUCUCCCGUUGAAGACUGGGAAGAGCUUUAUAGCAGCGAUGAUUACACCCGCAAGCCCAGACAGUUCCCGUAUCCCAGCCCUGCAGCGCGGGACGACUACGAUACGGAGGAGGAGAAGAUGCCGGCACCGUGGAAUGCUGUUUGCAUUGUUGGCAUUCGUGUCUAUUCCAAAGACUCUGAGCUGGAGCUGUUGACUGUAAUGGAAGGUGGUGAGCUUGACGGCAUGGGCCUGAAGGGCCAGGCUGAUCUUGAUAAUGCGCAGAAUAAUGCCGGCGGUGUUGGACUUGGAGAGGAGAAUGGAGGAAGCAAUGGUCUUUUGUUAAAGUGA